GUCAUCGCUUGUUAUAACUUUAUUUGUAAUUGCGGAGUUUCCAGUUAAGUGUCAAUUUGCUUUAGCUGUUAUAGAAUUUGACAAGAUUUCCAGAGACCCUUGAGAACGGAUAGGCUAGGAGAAAGAAUGGAGCCUGAGGAUUCUAAAAAUCAAGUAUGUCACAAAAGCAACAAGUCCAUUCUGGUGUUGGGUCUACCAAAGGCCAUUACAGGGCAAAAGAUAAAAAUACACUUCCAGAAAAAGGGAAAUGGUGGAGGUGAUGUUACCUCAGUUAUUUACCCAUUUCACAAGCAAGCAAAUGCUGCUGUUGUAACAUUUGUCAGGGGUGAAGUUUUGGAAACCAUUUUCAAGUAUCACCAUACAAUCUUAGAGACCCCUGUUCAGAUUCACCAUUUCCAACAGGUAUUCUCUGAAGUUCAAGCCAUAAUUGAUUGUGAAUCACCCAUUGCUGACCAACUACUUGAUGUCCUCAAUUCAUCUUCUCAAAAUUUACAUGAAGAAAGUUGUGUUAAAGUGAUACUUGAGAAAGGCAGUAGGAAAUUGAUAGGGAAUUGGUAUCAAGUGAGAAAUGCCCACCAAUAUCUGUGGAAGAAAUAUCUUGAGAGUCUUCAGUUAAAGGCCUGUCCGAAAGAAGAAAAAAGCUGUGAGGUUCACACUCCUUUAUAUGGUCAGAAUGGAGAGUCAGUUGAUGUGGCAUCCCAACCUAACACAAGGCUACAGGACCAAGGGCAUCAUCUAGAGCAAAACUCACAUGUUCACCAACAACAAUAUCAAGAUCCUAACUGUGAGGACAAGGCUCCACCUGAGAAAGAUGAGACCCAGUCUGCUGAUGGAAAUGUUAAUGGUGGAACUUAUAUUUCUGAAGCAGUGCCAGGUCUUAAUGAAGAGACCCAUGCAUAUGUGAUGUGGAAACACCAGGAUAAUCUCUCUUUGACUAAUGGAGAUAUAGACAUUAGAGGGAAACUUACUGAAGAUGGCGAAUACCAAGUCCUAGUAGGUGCAAGAAGUUGGGCUGACUUGGACAAGGCCCGUGAUGCAUAUGUUGAAUGUUAUCAAAAGACAUAUGGGUCUGUUAGAACCGAGAAAGUCCAUGUUCACAAAACUACUACAAGAGAGCAGUGUGAAGUUAUCAUUCAGGAGUUGAUGAAGAGUUUUCAGGAUGCACUCAUCAGCUAUGACCCUGAUAAGCAUGAGUUCAUCAUUACUGCACCUUUCCAAAAUAUAGACAGUCUGAAAAAUAAAAUAGAGAUGUUUUCUGUGAAUGGGAGUCAAGUGCAAAAGAAAAAUCGCAGGAAGUUGUCCGAAGAUCCAUCUUUUCCUCCAAAUUCUGAAAAUAUUAUCACAAAGAGAGGACUGAUGAUACACAUUUACCAAGGUGACAUUACAACCAGCAAUGUGACAGCCAUUGUAAAUGCUGCCAACGAAAGACUUAAGCAUGGGGGAGGAGUGGCAAGGGCCAUCAAGGAUGCUGCUGGGAAAGACUUCGACCACCAGUGUCAAGAAGCAUUGAAGGAAAAGGGCUCAUUUGGGGUUACAGAUGUGUUGCACACAUCCACUGGGGGAGAGGGAUCCCAAUUGAAGUGCAGUUAUGUCUUGCAUGCAGUGGGCCCUCAAUGGCAUGACUACGUGGAGAAAGAAAGAUGUGCUAUUGAACUGCGGUGGACAUUUUACAAUUGCCUGAAGUAUGCAGGGGACCCAGAUACUAUUGGCGCAGAAUCUGUGGCCAUUCCGGCCAUAAGUUCAGGGAUUUUUGGAGUCCCCAAGCAGACAGUAGCACAGGCACUGCUUGAAGCUGUUUUGGAUUUUGAUAGAGAACUCAAGCAGAAAAGCACUCUUCAAGAAAUCCACCUGGUUAACAUCGCUCCUGACAUAACUCAUUUGAUCACAAAGAAAUUUGUCAAGAUUGGUGCCCCAUACUGGAAGAACAAGGCUUAUUCUGAACCUUUGGCUGCACAGAAUAGUUUCUUUGAAAUGGGAGUUGAAGCAAUGGAAGUUGAAUAUGUUAAGGAUGUUAAGUAUCCUCCAGGUUAUGGUACAGGCAAUGACACCUGGAACCACCCCCCACCAAGUGCCUACAAGAAUCAAGCAGCUAACAUAGCCAGUAAAACCCUACCUGGAGUUCAAGAUCAUGAAAGUUUUGAGGGGGCAACUGCUAGCAACAAAGAUGAGGGAACAAAUGUAGAUGCUUGCAUCAUUUGUAUGGAUGCAAUGAUCAAUCCAAAGCGCCUUGAGAAAUGUGGCCAUGUCUUUUGCACCAGCUGCAUUGACAAGUCAUUUAGGCUGAAUAAGCCUGUCUGCCCAACCUGUGGAACCGUUUAUGGAGUGAUAAAGGGCAACCAGCCUCCUGGGGAAAUGCGAGACAGAAUUUUGCAUUCCAGCCUGCCAGGACAUACACGCUAUGGCACAAUAAUGAUAACUUAUUCUUUUAAGGAUGGAAAACAGGGGGAAGAUCACCCUCAUCCAGGCACUUGGUACAGAGGUAUCACAUGUGUGGCUUACCUGCCAGAUUCACCAGAAGGGAGGAAGGUACUAAGACUGCUGCGCAAGGCAUUUGAUAACAAAGUGGUGUUUACCAUUGAAAGGUCCACUACCAUUGGCAAAGAAGGGCAGAUAACAUGGAAUGAUAUCCACCAUAAGACUAGCCAGUAUGGUGGACCUACAAAUGAUACUCGAACUCAGGAUGAAACAACUCCAAGGAAGGGCUUGACUACAGCAACUAACUUUAUUUCUAAGUGUGCAGAUAUAAAUACAUUGUGUCUACAGUUCAGAGGGAUCACUGCUGUCAAGUGUGUUUAUACUACGUACAUUAUUAUGGACACCAUUUUCCAGCAUACACAUACUAUCUGUGAGACCCUUGUUCAGAUUCAUCAUUUUCCACAGGUAUUUUGUGGAGUGCAAGCCAUAGUUGACCCACCCAUUGCUGCCCAACUACUUGAUGAAACCAAAUCAACCUUACACAAUUUAGAGCAAGAAUGUUGUGUUACAGUAAUAAAUGAGGCAGGGAGUAUAAGAUUGAAAGGGAAUUGGUAUCAAGUGCAAAAUGGUCGCGAAUAUCUGUUGAAAAAAUAUAUUGAGAGUUUGCAGCAAGAGGCUUCUCCAAAUGAAGAAGAAAGCUCAGAAGUUCACACCCCUUUGCAAGAAAAUAAAGGAAAAUCAGUUGAUGUUGAAUCCCAACCAAGUACAGUGUUACAGAACCAAGUGCAUCAUCUAGAGCAAAACUCAAAUGUUCACCAACAACAACAUCAAGACCCUAACCGUGAGGACAAGGCUCCACCUGUGAAAGAUGAGACCCAGUCUGCUGAUGGAAAUGUUAAUGGUGGAACUUAUAUUUCUGAAGUAAUGCCAGGUCUUAAUGAAGAGACCCAUGCAUAUGUGAUGUGGAAACUUCAGAAGAAACUCUCUUUGACUGAUGGAGAUAUAGGCAUUAAAGGGAAACUUACUAAAGAUGGUGAAUACCAAGUCAUAGUGGGUGCAAGAAGUCAGGCUGACUUGGACAAGGUACAUGAUGCAUAUGUUGAAUGUUAUCAAAAGACAUAUGGCUCUGUUAGAACGGAGAAAGUCCAUGUUCCCCAGAUCACUACAAAAGAGCAGUGUGAAGUUAUCGUUCAGGAGUUGAUGAAGAGUUCUCAGGAUGCACUCAUCAGCUAUGACCCUGAUAAGCAUGAGUUCAUCAUUACUGCACCUUUGCAAAAUAUAGACAGUUUGAAAAAUGAAAUAGAGAUGCAUUGUUUUUCUGUGAAUGGGAGUCAAGUGCAUAGGCGAAAUCGCAGGAAGUUGGCCGAAGCUCCAUCUUUUCCUCCAAAUUCUGAAAAUUUUAUAACAAAGAGAGGACUGAUGAUACACAUUUACCAAGGUGACAUUACAACCAGCAAUGUGACAGCCAUUGUUAAUGCUGCCAACGAAAGACUUCAGCAUGGGGGAGGAGUGGCAAAAGCCAUCAAGGAUGCUGCUGGGAAAGACUUCGACCACCAGUGUCAAAUAGCAUUGAUAGAAAAGGGUUCAUUUGGGGUUACAGAUGUGUUGCACACAUCCACUGGAGGAGAGGGAUCCCGAUUGAAGUGUAAAUAUGUUUUACAUGCAGUGGGUCCACAAUGGGAUCACUACACCGAGAAAGAAGGAUGUGCUAUUGAACUGCGGUGGACAUUUUACAAUUGCCUGAAGUAUGCAGGGGACCCAGAUAUUGUUGGUGCAGAAUCUGUGGCCAUUCCAGCCAUAAGUUCAGGGAUUUUUGGAGUCCCCAAGCAGACCGUAGCACAGGCACUACUUGAAGCUGUUUUGGAUUUUGAUAGAGAACUCAAGCAGCACAGCACUCUUCAAGAAAUCCACCUGGUUAACAUUGCUUCUGACAUAACUUAUUUGAUCACAAAGAAAUUUGUCAAGAUUGGUGCCCCAUACUGGAAGGACAAUGCUUAUUCUCAACCUUUGGCUGCACAGAAUAGUUUCUUUGAAAUGGGAGUUGAAGCAAUGGAAGUCGAAUAUGUUAAGGAUGUUAAGUAUCCUCCAGGUUAUGGUACAGGCAAUGACACCUGGAACCACCCCCCAUCAGGUGCCUACAAGAAUCAAGCAGCUAACAUAGCCAGUAAAACCCUACCUGGAGGUCAAGACCAUGAAAGUUUUGAGGGGGCAGCUGCUAGCAACAAAGAUGAGGGAACAAAUGUAGAUGCUUGCGUCAUUUGUAUGGAUCCAAUGGUCAACCCAAAGCGCCUUGAGAAAUGUGGCCAUGUCUUUUGCACCAGCUGCAUUGACAAGUCAUUUAGGCUGAGUAAACCUGUCUGCCCAACCUGUGGAACUGUUUAUGGAGUGAUAAAGGGUAACCAGCCUCCUGGGGAAAUGCGAGACAGAACUUUGCGUUCCAGCCUGCCAGGACAUCCAGACUGUUGCACAAUAGAGAUAACUUAUUCUUUUAGGGGUGGAAUACAGGGGGAGGACCACCCUACUCCAGGUACUUGGUAUGGAGGUAUCAGACGUUCUGCUUACUUGCCAGAUUCUCUGGAAGGCAGAAAGGUACUGAAACUGCUGCGCAAGGCAUUUGAUAACAAAGUGGUGUUUACUGUUGGAAGGUCCACUACCACUGGCAAAGAAGGGCAGAUAACAUGGAAUGAUAUUCACCAUAAGACUAACCAGUAUGGCGGACCUACAAACUUUGGGUAUCCAGACCCCGGGUACCUUCAGAGAGUUCAGGAGGAACUCAAGGCCAAGGGAAUUGAGGAAGAGCAAGAUGAAGUUCAGCAACCACCAGUUGUCCACCAGCAUAACAAACAUGAGAAACCCAGCCAGCCCUCAAACACUUGUGACCUUCCUUCUCACUGGAGUCCAAUGCCCCCAGGCAAAGUUGUGGAUAUUAUUGAGUUAAAGCCUAAGGAUCCAGAUUUCAAGAGAGUAGCAGGAAGUAUUUCAUGUGGAAAGUUCAAGUUGAACAACAUAAAGAUUUACCGCAUACAAAACUCGGAAUUGUUCCAAAGAUUCAUGGCUAAUAAACAGAGUAUGAGAGAAAAUUUCUCUCAGGGCAGCAUAAUAGAAAGUGCAUUGUGGCAUGGGACAAGAGAACAUAAAAUGGACUCUAUCAGCAAAUAUGGUGUUUGUCCUCAUUACAACUCCCACAUGGGACAUCUUGGAAAUGGUGUUUAUUUCUCAGUCAGUGCAGAGAAAUGCAGUCUACUAUGUUGGGCUCCAAUUCCUUCAGGCAAGAAGCACAUGAUAAAAUGUCGUGUGCUGACAGGAAAGUACACACAAGGUGUAAGUGCUUGGAUGAGUUCUCCACCAGUGAGGCCAGGUUCAGGUGGUACAUUUGAUUCAGUUGUUGACAGUGUUUCAGAUCCAUCUGUGUUUGUGAUCUUCUCUGCUGUCCAAAUAUAUCCAGAAUACUGGAUAACAUUUACCUAAGUUUUGAUAUGCUGACAGUGAUGAAAUAAGACAAAUUUUCAUUUGAUUAUAUUUACAGACUGAAAGUUGUUAAUUAAGAAAUGAGAUAAUUGUUUUUCAAUUUUUAGCUAGUGAUGGUACUUAGUUAUAAAGUUGAUUUUCUUCCCCCUUAUCCUAUCCACAACUACAAAUUUUGGAUAUAUCAUUGAGAAACAAGUUUUGUUAGGUUUAAUUUUGUUUACUAUUAAGAAGCUUUUAAGCUGAUCAUUCAAGUCAUAUAAAUUUGUGUACUCUCACACCAGGCUAGGAUAAAAUGGUGUCUACGGAGGCUCAUCUAUUUUAAUGCUAAUCGAAACCUGGGGCAGAUAAAUUGUUUUAUUUGACAAAGUUGACAAACUGGACAAGUGAGAAAAGUUGUCAGGGGGUUGAUAGGAACAUGCUGUAGAGUUUAAAGUUAUGACAGCAACUAUUGUAUAAAGAUGAAGCUUAUAAGAACAUUGUUUGUGUAAGUCUGUUUAAAACAAGUGUGGACAAAAAUGUUAGAUGUUCCAGUUCAGAACAUUUACAUACAUUUGUCAUUGUUGACAUUGCAUUCUCGUGAAGACCGCAGGAAGUCACCAAAAUUGCAUAAGUGAUAGUUUAUAGACUGGAGUAUUUGGAAAAAUAGGUAAUUUUUCCCAGUAUGGACAAAAUAACCAGACUAACUGUAUAUAUAUAUAUAUAUAUAGAGAGAGAGAGAGAGAGAGAGAGAGAGAUGGAUAUCUGACUUAUAGUACGUAUUAUAACAUGUUAAAAGGGGUUAUUGGUGAUACAUAAACACUUAUAUAGCAAAGAAAUGGAAUUUUCACUUACAUGUAAAUUUUGCCAAUUGUUAAUUCCUGUACCUGUACCCAAAAUAAAUUUCUUGAGAAAAUUAACAUCAAUUGGUACAUUUUCAAAAUCUAUUCAAGAUCUUUUUUUUUUCAAUCCAUCAAUAUUAAGAUUUAUUCAGUAAUUUAUAAGAUACACAGAUGUGCACAUAUAUUUUACCAUAAAAUUCAGUUAACUUACUGUAAAUAACAUUCUCCUAGUGUGUAAGAAGGGUUACUUCAGGUAUCAUAUUAAUGAUUCAAUAAUAAUUUUAAUGAUAACCUUGCUUUAUUCAAAUGCCAUCCAGCAGGAUGCUUUUUUCAGAUCCCGUUUAUAUACAAGUACAUACAUUUAAAUAUCUUGGUGGGUUUUGUUCGUAUGCAAGUGUAUGAUUGUGCCAUAUAUUAUCUUUUGCCUUUCUCCAAUUUGCAUGUGUAAGAGACUAUGUAUUCAAAUUCUUUUAAAAAGACAUUUUAACUGCAGUGAUGUUAACCAUAUUUUUGCAAAGAUUAUUAUUUUACAAUGGAACAUUGUUAGAUAUGAAUAUUUUGUGAAUGCCGUUUUAAAAUUGUUUAUUGUCUGAACCUUCUGUUAUUCAAAGUACUUUCACUUUUAUAUAGUCAUAUAUUUGAUCGUUUACUUCAGCGAAAUAGUGGAGUUUUUUUAGAUGUUUGUGUAUAGAUAGAAAUUUUAUGAAGACUAGAAUUGCAAAAUAUGAACAACUGCUCGCCGACCAUAUAUCAAUCACAAGAUAUAAAGGAUAAAAUUUUAGUGAGUAUUACCAAAAAGACCUUGGUCUGAACAAAUUUAAGCAUAACUGUGUCAGUGUUUUAACUUAAAUUUGUUCAUCUCAGAGAUGGCAACACAAUUGAUUCUGCUUAUUAUUAACAUGUCUCCUUUAGUAGUUGUUUACUCCAAAGAUGUUAUAGCAAAUGGCCUUGUCAAUUUUUCACCUAAUUAUGCUUGCAACAAGAGUAAAGCAGUAAAACAACUGGUACACAUAAUAACUUAGCAUUUAGGAUGACAAUAAAUUUUCUCUGUGCAUUU